AGCGGCCGGGUUGGGUUGUAGGGGGUCGCGAUGUCCCUUGCGGAGCGACAGCGAAUGGAGGAAGAGGAGGGGGAAGGAGUCGGCGGCGGGGAGGAAGUGGUUCAGAUCCGGUUGGGAGACAAGUGCUACCCGGUGUGCAAGAGGAAGCUGAUCGAACAGAGCGACUAUUUCCGAGCCCUGUACCGUUCGGGUAUGCGGGAAGCAGGGCAGGGCCAGGAAGAGCAGCUGUUGCGCGGAGGGCUGAGCGCGCUAGGACUCGAGCUGGUGCUGGACUUCAUCAACACUUCCUGCCUGGCCUGGUUGGAGCAGGAGGGUGAGGAGGAGCCCCCUCUGCUAGAGGAGCUGGUGGAGGCCGCCUCCUACCUGCAGGUCACUCCCCUGCUGCGCUUGCUGCUCUCCCAGGUGCGACUGGGCAACUGUCUGGAGCUACACCACUUGGCCCAGGUCUAUGGCCUGCAGGACCUGCACGAUGCCUGUUUGGACUUCAUGGCUUCCCAUUACCACCAGGUGCUGCGCAGGCCCGAUACCCACCUCCAUCUGCCUCAUGCUCUCCAACAGCACCUGAAGGAGAGGCGGAUGAGAGGCACUGCCACUCUGGUAGCCAUUGGGGACUUCAUGGGUACCUCAUCCCUGGGCCUGUCCCCAGGCUGUCACCCACAGCCAGAGGCCCCGUGGUCCAUGCUGAGGUACAACGAGGAAGCAGAGCAGUGGCUACCCCUGGCCAACAACCUACCUCCAGAUCUGGUGAACGUGCGAGGCUACGGGUCGGCCAUGCUGGACAACUAUCUCUUCAUCAUUGGGGGGUACCGGAUCACCACCAGUCAGGAAAUCUCAGCUGCCCAUUGUUACAACCCUUGCCUAAAUGAGUGGAGUCAGCUGGCUUCAAUGAACCAGAAGAGGUCAAAUUUUAAGCUGUUGGCUGUAAAUGGAAAGCUCUAUGCCAUUGGUGGUCAAUCCCUUUCCAAUGUGGAGUGCUAUAACCCAGAAAAUGACUGGUGGAGUUUUGUAGCAUCCAUGCCAAAUCCUCUUGCAGAAUUCUCAGCUUGCGAGUGCAAGGGCAAGAUUUACGUUAUUGGAGGAUACACCACAAGAGACAGGAAUAUGAACAUCUUGCAAUACUGUCCUACUUCUGAUUCUUGGACCAACUUUGAACUCUGUGAUGUCCAUGUUCGGAAACAACAGAUGGUCUCUGUUGAAGAAACAAUCUAUCUAGUAGGAGGUUGUAUUCAUGAACUUGCACCAAACCAAAAGUCCAGCCAAAGUGAAGAUGUGUUAACUGUGCAGUCUUAUAACACUGCUACCAAAGAAUGGCUCUACCUCAAAGAGAACGCAUCAAAGUCGGGUCUUAACUUGACUUGCACUCUACACAAUGAUGGAGUUUAUAUAUUGAGUAGGGAUAUUACUUUAUCUACGAGCUUGGAGCACCGUGUUUUUCUGAAGUACAAUAUAUUUACAGACAGUUGGGAGUCACUGAGACGCUUUCCAGCCUUUGGACAGAACAUACUGAUCUGUUCUAUGUAUUUGCCUGAUGUGUGAGAUGUGUAAUGGCAUCAGGUUUUUCUUUGCAGCUCAUUAAUCAUUCUCAGAAGACAUAUUACUCCCUCUGUGUAAUUCCAGUUUCAGAAUGUAAUACCUAUGUGAUUGCAUAACAUAGGUAUAAAAUACAGAUUCUUCUCUUAAAAAGUUUCAAAAUCCAUUAUUAAGAGCAAUAGCUCUAGAAAUGGUUCUAAGGUUUCAGUUUUUCUUUUAUUUUGUAUUUAAAUUUCACCAAAUAUUGUUUACAACUUAAACAUAAAUUUUUAUGUUGGUAACUAAUGAAGGAUAUAGUUCCAAAGGCAAAACUGGUUAUUCUCAUUUUAUUCUCCAUCAUUAUAGACAACGCAGAAGAGAGAGUACACAUGGUGAAAGUGAAUAUCAUUGAAUAAAAUAAAUGCUAUGUAAAAUACUGUAUAUAAGAGAAAUCAAAAAAGGUAUUUUUUUAAAAUACGAUUUUUACACAAACUAUGUUCUAUUGAACGCAUAAUGUUAAAAAUUUCUUACACUCUCAUGUUAUUCUCUCUUCUACAGUCACAAGUGAGAGUUUCAAGGGUUCCAGCAAGUAGAUAUCACCAAGAAACAUCCUCUGAGUUUUUUUUUUUUUCAUAAAAUGCUUCACGAGGGACUGGGAAGAAUUACCUGGAGACUGAAGUUUCUAUCUGGAUUUUAGACAUUGCUUUAAUGGCAGUUAGCAGAAUUUACGGUUGCCAUUAUGACAAAGGUAAAAAGUCUGCAAAUUCAAAUGAAGGAGUUUGCUCAUCUUCCAGAAGAUAUUCAGUUAUCCUGUUUUCUGCAGUGCUGAAUAUUAAAAAUCAAAUUAUGGAAACAAAGAAACAAGUGUUAGCAGCAAGCUGCAUUGUAGGAAGAUAUACAUGAGUACACACUGCGGUGAAUCUGCAGCAGGCACUUACUGCUUGGUAACAGUCACCUAGGGCAAAAGAGGAGACUGAAUCACUUGAUGGUCAGGGUUCAUUUUGUAAACAACUUCCUUAUGACACCAGCACUAACAGGUGUAUGUGGAUGUUGACUUUCUUGUUUUACCAGUAGCCUGAUAGAUAAAACCAGUUUGCUACCUGAAGUUUGUUAGUUUCUCCAAAGAACAUAAGGGGAUAGUCGCUGUAGAUUCUCAUUUGUGUUUCCUAGAUUCUACGUAUUGCUUGAGACUCUUCUCUUUUUGGAGCUGACAGGUUCCUUCCUCCUGAAGGCCUUGGUUGUUAUCAUGGGAAGGUUUCACAACUGCAGCCUUUGGGAAAGAGAGAACCGGAUUAGGCAUAUAUUGAACAGAUUGCACUGAUGUUGAUUUUGUGCCAGCUCUUUCUCGAAAUGAUGAUAUGUUAUUCACUUGAAUGUGUUCCUAUCAAGGGGAGAUUUUUUUUUUCCCCUUUUGAAAUUCAGGAAUCUGAAUUGACUUUUGAAAAUGGAUGCCUGUUGUGCAGAGAAGGGAAAGACUGCAAUGGUUCCCUCAAGGUUCUUUUAACUCCCAUCUUUUCCAUGGUCUUGAAAUAAAUUGAAGCUAAAAGAACUAUCAGACAAUUAUCUCUCACACAUUUUGUGCUUAGGUGCAUAACUUUGAUGCUUUUGAUCAUGUAUAGCAACCCAAAUAGAAAAUUCCAGGAAACUCUGUUUGUCUAGUGUGGACACUAACCAAGGUACUUUGAAUAUCCAGAAUUAACCUUCUGGGUGAUAUUUUUGCAGUCUGGCAGAGCAUGUUAUGCUUAAGCCCCAAAUAGUGUCUGCCAUUCAUCUGUAUGCAUGAAUUUCACAAGUUUUAGCCUUUGUCUACUUGUUAGUUUUCAUUCCUUUGAAAACUUCAUGCACUGAGCGGCUGCUGUGUUAUGACAGUUGCAUCAGACCAAACAAUGGCUUUUCUACAAUGAAGAAAUAGGGUGACUUUCUUAAAAUUCUUAAGUGAUUUGUUUUUAACUUUUAUAAGUGUUUUACAAUAAAUAUAAGCACUGUUCUAUUGUCUGGUUAUAAAUUCUUUCAUCCGCAUUAUUUUACUUCCUCCCUUUUCAUUUCCGUGUAUGCUACCCUACUAUAAUCCAUUAUUAAAUUCAGAUCAAUAAUAGCGGAGGAAAUCAUAUUUGAGUUGUGGCAUUCUCUCACCUGGCAAAUUAUCUGUGAAGAACUCCCAUUUCCAGAUUUUCAGUUUAGUAUGUCUAAUCCUUUCGAACUCAUCCAUUUUGUAGAGCAGGCAUUAUUAUAAAAGCUGUGAUAUGGUGCUUUUAAUGUGGUCUUUUUCAUGAGAGGCCAUCUGAAAUCAGAAUUAUAUAUGUGUUGGUUUCAGCUUCUGAUAAUUAGGUGACUGUACAGAAAUGUGGAGGACCUGCUCAAAUGUAGAAAAGGAAAAUACAGUUUUCUAAACUGCAUUUAGAAAAGUAAAUGCAAUCAGACAGUGCAGUCAAUCUGUGGAGCAAAUUUAUCAGUAAUGGCAAUUAACUGUGCUACAGUAGCAAAUCAAAACUGGUGUUGAAUUGAGUAGUAUGAAACUAAUUAAGCUAAGUGGACUGUAUAACUAUAUGCUGAAAUAAAUAUGGUUUUUAAGCAAAAAUAACUACAGGAAAAAUAUGCAAUGGAUAUUCCUUGUAAAUCAGAGGAAAAAAUCCUACCUGUAACGGCUGUCCUUUGCCCUUUUUAUUUUCUUUCCAGCACUGUAACAUUCCGCAUAAGAUUUUGCUGAACAGUUUCUACCCUUCUGGGCAAGGAAAAAUGGUUUAGAGUUACUAGCAGUGAGUAGUUUAAUAGCUGCUUUUUAGUCAUUGGAAAUGUUCAGUGAUUUUGUGUGCUGUGUUUGCUUUCUUGGUGGGGAGAAAAAGUCCUAUUUUAUGGACAGAAAAACAACAGUUGAAGUGUAGGUAAGUUGCUUUACACUUUUCUGCUGGUAAGAUACACUUGAUCUUACCAGCUACAAAAUUCUUCAGUGUUAUCCUGAUUUCCACAUUCUAACUUACCACGUGGCCUUGGAGAUUGUUCUACCUGCUUGUGUCUUCAUUCCCUAAGAUAACACAUGAGUAGGAAUGCUCAUCAUGUAGGGACACAUGGUUUUUGUGGUGUGGCAGUGUUUGUGAGAUCUCUUGAAGGUGUGAAGAACAAAUAUCCUGCUUGUAGUAACUAUUUACUUGGUUGUUAAAAUUGUUUGAUAGGAAGUGGCAAGACAGAAGACAACUAAUAACCUCAUUUUGGUCUCUGCUAACUAUCUUCAUUUUGAGCUGAUGGCUACUUCCUAUCUGUUUCUUCUGUUUCUGUCACCUACUAGCUUACAGUUUGCCGAAGUUUCUUAGAGUUGGUGUUCUCAAGACUGUAUCCAAAUUUAGAACUGCUGCUUUCCUGCCGUGGCUUGGUUAUCCAGUACUUGCACAUCCACUUUUCAUCUUCAUGGACUGAGUCUGCUUGAUACUAGCCAGUAACAGCUGACUAUAGUAAAGGAUGAUCCCAAGUUGAAAGAAAGAAUAACAGGAAGAACAACAGCCUCUAAGUCCUGAGGGAAAGGUAAAUGGAAAACUCUGGGAACUUUAGUCUGUUCCCAUAAAAUAGAGAAGUGUUUAGAAAGGUUGCUCACAUCAAGCAUAAGAGAGAGCAUAAUAGUUUCUUCCUUUCCAGGAAUGGUUUGUGGUUUUCAAUGUGAAAUAAGAGUUAUGUGAAGCUUAAGUUUAAUCUCCCUGGCCAAUGUCCAUAGAUUUCUCUUUCUGCCCUGUCAGCUGAACUUUCUUUGCCUGAAUAUUUUUUCCAUUAUUUGAGUGUUUUGUUCUACAUCAGAGUCCAGACUGUUUGGAUGAAAUCAUGUGAUAACACUUUGUUGGCCUUUUCUUUUUGUUAGUCUCAUUUUCACUGGUCUGUGUCUAUCAGCCACUGAGAUGAAAAAGUGAUUUGUUACUCAAGUUUUUUUUUUUUUUUUUUUCAUUUAUUCAAUUAUUGGCUCUCAAAAGUAAAGUCUACUAAGCUACUUUUUUUUUUUUUUUUUUUUUUUUUCCCAUUUAAUCAUCAUUUUAGUGUGAAAUGCUACAGAUUCAGAAUGUGUGGAAGUUGACCCAUAUCAGUAAUGUGAGAGUGAAAGUCACAGAGUGCAGUGAUGACAGUGUACAACAUGCUUGAAGACCUACAAGAGCAGAGAUUUAUCAUCACAAUCACCCCUGUAAGAUAAGGUACAUACUGUAAACGAUGUUAAACCAGUGACAAUCCCUGGGAUACUUGUCAGUGUUACCAGUGAACUUAAAAGGAGUCACCAAAAGUCCUUUAAGGGUGGGAACUGUCAGCAUCCAUAGUAUGCUAUAUUGAUUUUGCAUUUAUGAUAAUGACCAAAGGGUGGCUCCCUAUACCUACUUAUGAACAUGAACAAAAGAUGAGUUAAAGAACUUUUAAACAUUUUUCUCUACAGUACUAACACGUUCUCAGAGUAUGUUCUCUCUCUAAUCAACUUAGAGUCUGUUUUAGUGUAAUAAUGUCUUUUUUUCACCAAAGGAAGGAUGGAGUCUGGAUUUUGUGAACUACUUGGGUAAUGCAUCCACAUUUUUAACUUGCUAUCCCAAUUAUGCAUUCUGUAUGAUUUUUUUUUCCUGAAGCUAAUUGCUAUUAUCAAUAACAUGUAUAAUGUCCUAAGUAUGUCAGUAUUUUCUACUGUAAGUAAGUUUCAGUUCCUUUAUUUUAAUUAGAAGGCUUUCAUUACUGAAAUACAGACUGUUAAAUCUUUUUAUAAAAAGAAAAUGAAUCACUGCAAUUACUGUCUCUUUCUAGUGGAAGGCAGAUUAGACAACAUCCAGUUUUAGAGUAUCCAAUUAUCUUCUGUACAUUUUCAAGUAAUACAAACUUUGAUAGGUAAGAAAGGUGCUCAGCUCUUGAGCAUUCUCUGUUUGAUGGAAACUUGUACCAUUUAACAAUAAACGCAAACUCUCUGAAUCCUUAAUCUCUCACUCCCUCACUUUAUAUUCUGUUUGCAAUUAGUGAUUAUUUGAUUUAUUGUUUCGUUUUCCACUGUCUGAUACUUUCCAGAUGUUUCUAAGGGUACGCCUUUAUGAUAAGAAGCCCUUUACAAAUAAUUUUCCAAAAUUAAGUAGUUUACUCUGCUCCACCAGUAUUUGCCUAUGAAGAUUUUACCCAGCCAUUGUAGCUGAAGAAAUACUUUACCAGGGCAAACCUUAAAUUCAUUGCUUCUACUGCACUGGAAUACUCAAUUUUGAAUUAAGAGAUACACAAAUCACAAAUCACUGCUGACAUAGGAUUUCUUCUGAAACUGUCAACUUUCUGUAUGUUGUAAGCUUCUGUCUGUUUCUGAAUUAUUUCUAGCCCUUCUUGUUCAAGAUUGCUGUAAAUAUGAAGAGUUCCUCUGCAUCUUACUCAUAAAUACUAUGUAGCUUUUAGUAUAACCUAAUAGCCUCCUUCCAGAAAUCUUCCUAACUUUAAGUUCUCACAUCUUCAAAAUUACCUAACCUAUAAACUUUCCGGUUAGCUUUUAUUUGUCAUGAUUAGAAACACAAUUAUUUAGAAUUCUGAAUAUGUUAUUGUACUUAGUGAAUGGUCUUGGUACACGGGAUUUAUGCAGAGUAAAGAUAGUAGACCCUGAUCUGUUGUUCUACAAGAAGACUUCAGCCACCAUAGCUUGAAAUGUAAAAAAGUGAUGUUACUUAUUCUCCUUUGGAACUUGGUCUAAUUUCAUUACUUACACUAUUUACCGAGAUCAGAAAAUCUAUUAGCAGUCAGCCAUUUGGAAGUGAUAUCAAAGGGACUCUGUUUUCAUCUUUGGGAAUUUUUACUGUAGUUUUCUUUUUUCUACUGGGCUUACUGUAUAUGUCUGGUAUAGCAUUCUAUCGUCUUUUUAGUAAUGCAAGAGAAAUUUUGCCUUUUAACAGGUAGGGCCUUGAUUUAUUGUGAAGACCAGAACUUUGUAAUCUGAAAUAUGUAUUUUGCUGUUAUAAAUUAGCAACUCAUAACUGCUCUGAAGCCCAUAAAAACAUAAUUUGGGGAUGGUGGGGAUGAAUAUGAAGUCAGAAAACAGAUGCGUAGAAAUAGCCAUUCUCUAACCUCCAGGCAUAAGCAAUUUUUAAAUGUGGAAGCAAGUAGAAGAAGUUUUAAAUGCUUUUAAAGUAACAACUCCCUUUUCCCUCUUCCCCUCUCCUCCUUCAACCACAAUAAUUUCUGGUAAGGCAUAUGUACAUUUGGAAGAAAAUGUUAGUGACGAGGUAAGAAUACACUGUUCUUGGGAAUAUGAUCUUUUAUCAGAACUGCUGCUUUAGCAGGUCCAGAAACCUACUUCCAGCUUCAGUAUAUCUCUUUAAGUGAUGUUUAUGAUUUUUCAUGACAUACUAUCACUUGACACACGUAAUAAUAAAUGUGACAGGAAUUACAGAAGCCCUAUUGUAUAUCUAGGAGCGAAUGCACAAUGGGCUUGAAGAAAGACCUUUUAUUUUUAUUUUUUAAAUAUUUUUAAUAGAUCUGGAUCUAAAGCCUUUUGAUCUUAGUAAAUUUAGUUUAUUUAGUUUAUUUAGAUGAUGUUAUGCUAAGGAGAGUUGGUAGUUGAAGAAUAAUAUGAAGUGUUUUUUGGUUUUCUUGGAAAAGCCAUUUCAGAGGCUUUACCAUCACAUGUUGUGCAAAGCUAUGAAUAAAGAAGCAGUAAGAACUUCA